CGGUUAGUUUUUUGCCGCGGACGGUUCUGCUUGCUGGUUGCUGCUGCGAUUAGUGAGCGCGCGUGUUUGUAUUUCUAAAAAAAAGAAACAAUACUAAUAUGAAGUGCACGCAAUUGGAUUAAUAAACCACGCAAUCACACAGAAAUCCACAACAACAAAGCCAAGCGAAAUUGUGGAAAAACCGAAGUUAGUCAAAAGCACUCGAAAUGGCGUCGCCAACAGCAGCAACAGCAGCAGAAGCAGAAGCAACUAAAACCACAACAACAACAAUAACAACAAUUCCCAAUGGGAAUGCAGAUUCGGCAAGCGCUGUUUAUGCAGAGCAACUGCAGCAACAGGAGGAGCAGCAGCAGCAGCAAUCGGUGUUCAACGGUGAAUCGAAUUGUGAAUUGUCUGCUGUGCCGCAUUAUGGAUUGAAACUGAAAUUCGAUCAUGUUUGGCCAGAGAAACGCAAUCAGAAUCUGCGGCCAUCGAUAAAACAAUCGCUGCCAAUGGUUCCACUUGUUUGCAGAUAUGCGGCCUACUACUGGAAGGUGUCGCGGGAAGGUCGUCGUGUCUACAUGGAUUACUAUUACAUGGAGAAUGGUAAGCAGAUGUAUGGUGUGCCCAUUGGCGGCAUCGGUGGUGGCAGCAUUGGACGCGGCUAUGCCGGCGAAUUCUGUCGCUUUCAAAUGCGUCCCGGCAUCUAUGAGUACAAUGUGGUGCAGGCGAAUCAGUUUAUAGUCACCAUUAAGGAUCACAAGGGUUGUACCAUCUUUCAGAGCCUGCUCUCCAAGUGCAGCACAAAAUCAAUCAAGGCAAAGCCCAACAACAACGAUGCAGAGGCCGAUGAGGCCGAAGCACAGAAAUCUAAAUGUCAACUGCCCAAUUGCAGCAGUCGUUCCAGGCAGCCGCUCAGUGCCUGGCACUCCAACAUCGAGGACGCCCGCUGCAGCUAUACGGGUUUAUAUCCACGCUCAUGGACCGAAUACGAUCUGUCGCAUUAUGGCGUACGUUUGAUCUGUCGCCAGAUCUCGCCGGUCAUUCCACACGACUACAAGGAGUCCAGUCUGCCCUGUGCCGUCUUUGUGUGGUCAGCCCAAAAUGUGUGCGAUCAUGAGCGCAAGGUAUCGAUUACGUUCACCUUCAAGAACGGCACCGGCAACAAGAAACAGGAUGGAGAGGGCAAUGCCGAGUCGCAGCUCAUUAGCGAGGGCAAUGCCAAGGGCGUGGCUAUUAGGCAGACAAUUGGCGACAUGCCCUGCAGUUACAAUCUCGCCUGUCGCGUUCUGCCCGAGAUUAGCAUCACGCGCUGUCCUCAGUUCGAUCCGGCUGGCAAUGGUGAGCAGCUGUGGAUGCAGCUCAAGGAGCACGGUCAGCUCAGCGAACAACCCACUGCGGAGAGUCUCAAGACGAAGGACAUUGGUGUCGCCGUCUGCGCACAUUUGGCUCUCAAGCCAAAGACCUCGCAUGAUUUGGAGUUCGUUCUGGCCUGGGAUAUGCCAAAAAUACAAUUUCCACGCAAACUGCAAACGCACACGCGUUACUAUACCAAAUAUUUUGAUGAUAGCGGCGAAUCGGGUCCCAGGAUAUGCGAAUAUGCGCUGAAGCACUAUGCCAGCUGGGAGCGACUCAUCGAUGCCUGGCAGCGUCCCAUUCUCAAUGAUGACGGCUUGCCCGAUUGGUAUAAAUGUGCUAUAUUUAAUCAGCUGUAUUUCAUCUCGGAUGGCGGCACAUUGUGGCUCAAGUGCGACACGUCGCUGGGCAAACCGUUGGCCUUUGAUGAUCCGCGUUUGGCAUAUGGUCGCUUUGGCUAUCUGGAGGGUCAUGAAUAUCGCAUGUAUAAUACAUACGAUGUACAUUUCUAUGCAUCGCCUGCUUUGGCCCAUCUCUGGCCCAACUUGCAAGUGAGUUUGCAGUAUGACUUCAAGGAUGCGAUUGCUGCUGAGCUCAGUGAUACACGCAAAAUGCUGUACGAUGGCAAGGUGAUGCCGCGGAAAGUCAAGAACUGUGUGCCACACGAUCUCGGUGAUCCCGACGAAGAACCGUUCACGCUUAUCAACUGCUAUAAUAUACACGAUGUGAACGAGUGGAAGGAUCUCAAUACCAAGUUUGUGCUGCAGGUCUAUAGAGACUACUAUGUGCUGAAUGAACUGGCCCAGGCCCAGGCGGAUAAUGCCAGCAAGUUCAGUUCCAUUGAGUUUAUCGACAAGGAGAGUUUGUAUGAGCUUUACACGCAGGACAACAAGCGCAAGAACUCAGCGGAUGAAAAGCAGCAGAAUCGAAAGUCGGCUUCGAUGUACAUCAAUGAGACGAAUGGCAAGGUAUAUCUCAUGGAUGCUAUGAGCUAUCUGAAGGCAAUGUACGGCGCCUGUAAGGCCAUUAUGGAACGCACCAUUGAGUAUGACAAGGAUAACGAUGGACUCAUUGAGAACACCAAAAUGCCGGAUCAGACAUACGACUCUUGGGUCAUGGAUGGGCCAAGUGCGUAUUGUGCUGGCCUCUGGCUGGCUGCGCUGCAAACCAUGUCUGUAAUGGCAACGCUUCUGGAUCAGCCCAACGAUUGCCUGCGCUACCAGGACAUCUUGGAGAGGGGCAAGAAUUCGCUCGAGGAGAAGCUCUGGAAUGGCAGCUAUUAUCGUUUCGAUCAAUCGCAUAAUCAUCGCGAUACAAUUAUGGCCGAUCAGCUAUGUGGCCAUUGGUAUUUAAAGUCCUGCGGAUUUGACUAUGAAAUCUAUCCCAAAGAGAAUGUACGCACCGCUCUAAAACGCAUAUACGACAACAAUGUGAUGGGCUUUCAUGAAGGCAACAUUGGAGCGGCCAAUGGCUUCAUAGCGAAUGCCAACGAGCCAUCAAAGCCGGGCCAUGUGGACAACAGCAAUAUCCAGGCCGAGGAGGUGUGGCCGGGCGUUGUGUACGCAUUGGCUGCCACCAUGAUACAGGAAGGCAUGUUCGAGGAGGCCUUCCAGACGGCGGGCGGCAUGUACAAGACCAUUUCACAGCGGAUCGGCAUGAAUUUUGAAACCCCAGAGGCGCUAUAUGGCGAGAAACGUUAUCGAUCCAUUGGCUACAUGCGACCCUUGAGCAUUUGGUCCAUGCAGGUGGCCUGGGAGCGACGCAGGGCGCUACGUGACUAAAUUGCACAGUACAAUCUACAAUCUAUAACUAGUUGAUUUACCUACCUAUACACUACCGCUACCAACCAAAGAUAUUUCUAAGUUGUCACAAAGAGGUUCUUAGCUUUUAGUUUUUUGUGGUCGCAACUUUAUCGAGCUUAUUUGGCGAUUCUGAGAACGCCCAAUUCAUUAAAUGGUAUUGAUAUGUUUAAGCAAAAGCUUUAUAUUUAUGUAUUUCUAAACUAUGUUCAAUCAGGUUGCCUGUUUUCAAUGUCUUCUCUAGCUACUAAGUCUAAGUCAAGCAGUCACAAAUCAAAAGAUGGGCACUUGCCAACCGCUCGGCUCUGUUUCAAGUACAAUUAUUGAAUGGUAUUCAUAAAGAUAGCACAAAACGUAUUUAAAUGUUAGCUAAGCAUGUUGUUUAAAUUUACUCACGCAUUAUAAUGUUUCAUUAACUAUAUAUAUAUAUAUAUAAAUGUGUAUUUAUGUCUUCAAAAUAAGUUAUUCAAAUAC